GUACUUGUGUUCCAUAAACGAACAAAAACAUUACACUAAUAAAUAUAUAAUUGGGGCGAAUCGACUCACCUUUGGAGCGAAACGACACGGUACGAAUACGUUUUAGGACGAACCAACCAUGGGCGAACGUGACUAAGAGCGAAACAACACAGGGUUCGAAAUGGUUUAAGGACGAACCAACCCGGAUUUCUUUUCCAGCAGUCGAGACUAUUAUUGAUGACGUUGGUAAAAUGGUUGACACAGGUGUGCUUGCGUGGUUCUCUGUCACAAUAUUUGUUUGUUUUACGACAACGCAAGCAAAUACUUUAGCAAGAGGAUGGGGAGAUAAUUUAGACUGGCAGACAUUGGAGGAUGGAUUAAAGAAGGCAAAGGAAGAGAAUAAACCAUUGAUGGUUGUGAUUCACAAAACAUGGUGUGGAGCAUGCCGAGCAUUAAAACCACUAUUUGCUGAAACAAAAGAGAUUGGAGAGAUAGGAAGCAACUUCAUUAUGGUUAAUUUAGAGGAUGAUGAAGAGCCUGCAGAUGACCAGUAUAAACCAGAUGGAGGUUAUAUACCACGGAUACUCUUUAUAGAUCCAACAGGAAAAGUUAGAAAAGAAUUUUACAAUGAAAAAGGAAAUCCGAGUUAUAAAUAUUAUUACCCACAAACAGAUGACAUUUUAGAAACUAUGAAAAAGGUUCAAAAAGCUGUAGAAGAAGGAAGCUUCCAUAAGAAGGAGGAAUUAUAGUAACAACUUCAUUUACCAACUUGUGGCCAUUGAAAAGUUAUAAAGUGUAAUUAUUGAGUGUUAUGAAGAGUGAGCUUUCAGUUCAGAAGAAUUAUUUGCAUGUCACAUUCCAACAAAAUGGUAUUAUAUAAUUUUUCAGUGGCUGCAUAAUAUUAUGUGUCAUUUGUAAACCACAUACAGGUGCUUUAAAUUGAACACAUGGAACAAAUUGCCACAGUGUCACAUUUUAAGAUAUUUUUGGAAAUGGAACAAAUUCAUGGGGUCAGUUCAUAAGUAGUUUAAAGUCAUCUGAUGGCUAUAAUGGUUGUAUGGUUAUAAAAUAAAGUGCAUUUUCAUAUAUCAUGUGGCUAUUUCUACAGCUAGAACAAAUGAUCAUUAUUUUUAUUUUUUUCACAUUAGAUACUGAGUGAACAGCAUCAUAUGUGAAUUCAAUACUAUUUCUAAUUUUAUUUUUUGUGGGUUUGGUUUUAAUUGUUCUUGUGGUGUUCAACAUGUUUUCAUGUUACAUUUUAUUACUGGGUCUUUGAGUUAAUAGUUGAGAAGAGGUAACCAUAAUUCCGAGGUAAUUGUAGAUUAUUCAUUUUGUAGUCAGUAUUUUUACACUUCAUAUUAGACAUGUUUUUGUUACCAAUUGUUCUUUUUACAUACUGAUUAUGCAGUUUCCUAUUUGCACAAAUGACAAAUCAGUUAGUCACCUGUUAAUGUCUUAAACUGAAAGUAGUAAUAGCCUAUAAAUAUUUUUCAUAUUAGUAAUUUGGGCCAAUAUUUUCAUAAGUAUCUUAACACUAUGAUAUUGUAAAACUGUUGGGGGGGGGGGCUAUGGCAUGUCGUAGCCUAUGACGGUUCUAGAAUAUAGUAGUUUUGAAAAUAUGUGUUUAUUUGAAGAUUUAUUAUCAGUGUUAAGUAAUUAUAUUGUAUGUCACUGAUUUGUUGCACAGACUACAAACAGUUGUUUUAGUUUAAAAGUAUUUCAUAUCAAUGAAUGACUGACUACCUAGAUAUGAUACUAUGUCACAACCAUGACUGUUAUCGUUUUCAUCUCUAAAUGUCUUCAAUAGAUUAUUAAUUGUUUUGAAGUUCAGAAUUUUUCACAGGUUUUAAAGUAUGGUGUUCAUUGAUGAUUAUUUCUUUACUACCUUUUUAAGUUUAUUUUGUUGAGUAUGACUUUAUAGAAUAAAUGGUACAUCAUGCCAAAAUAUAAUUAAUAGUACUCUGUAUUUACUUGUUGAUUGUAUGAUCUGUAAAUCAUGUGUGUUAUACACCGAUACAUGUCUUCUACAUAUGAUAUCUGGUACAACAUUUGACAUUUUAAAUUCAUUCUGUAUGUUGUUGUUUCAUAUUCCAUGUAUAUAUUAGGACAAGCAAACUGUUCAGUCGUGUGUAAAUUGUGUAAAGAAAAAUACAUGCAGAUCAUUGAAGUUAUUUUUUAAAGUUUACAUUUUCUAGUUGUUCCUAUAAUAUAUACCGAUACUGUACAUGAAGUACCAGUAGAGAAUGGACUUCCAAUGAUUGAAUAAUCUCAUAACUUUGCUAGUAAGAGAAAUAGUCAAAUGUUAUAAGCCUAACAUAAAAGUUCACAUUCUAAGUAAAGCCAUAUGUUGGUCAUGUAAUAGUUGGGUACGGAGGGUGUGUACCAUACAUACAACUUAGAAAUAUGGGGAUACCCUGUACAAAUAUACUACUUAUCAAUAUUUAGUGUAUUGUUACGAUUUACAUUGAGGUCUGAAGCAUCUUUGAGGGUUUUUUUCCCCAUUGCAAACCAGUGUUUUAGGUUCUACAAAUGUUAAAUGUGUUUUUUUGACAAUCAAAUGCACCAUGAGCACUAUGGUGUCACAUGGAGGCAAUGCACCAAGCUACGUAAGAUGGAUUGAAUUUGAUAAAAGUGAAAGAAAUGGCCUGCUGGUCUGUACUAUUAGUCCCCUACCGGUCCAACUGGAGGGGACUUUAGGUUUCAUCUCCGUCCUUCUGUCUGUCUGUUCGUCUGUCUGUCCAUCUGUCCCACAUUUAGUUUUCCAGAUGUCUUUUUUUAGAAUGCUCAAAUUUUGUGUAUAGCUUUAUUAUGUACUGUUACAGAUCAAGUUUGACAUUUUUAACAGAGUUAUGGCCGUUGAACUUAGGAGAUAUAAAAAUUAGUUUUUCGGACUCUACUAUGUUGAUAAAAGUGAAAUAAAUGGCUUGCUGGUCUGUACUAUAUUUAUAAAAGUGAAUGAAAUGGCCUUCCAGUGUAUACAAUAUUUAUAAAAGUGAAAGAAAUGGCCUGCUGGUCUGUACUAUAUUUAUAAAAGUGAAAGAAAUGGCCUGCUGGUCUGUACUAUAUUGAUAUAAGUGAAAAAAAGGCCUACUGGUCUAUACUAUAUUAAUAAAAGUGAAAGAAAUGGCCUGCUGGUCUAUAAAACAGGUAUAUUGAUAAAAAUGAAAUAAAUAUAUUUAUAAAAGUGAAAACACAGAUGGCUUUCUAGUCUCUACUAUAUUGAUACGAAAGAAAUGGCCUUCUGGUCUAUGCUAUUUUGAUAAAUGUAAAAUAAAUGGCCUGUUGGUCUGUACUAUAAAAAGUGAAAGAAAUGGCCUGUUGGUCUGUACAAUAAAAAGUGAAAGAAAUGGCCUGCUGGUAUGUACUAUAAAAGUGAAUGAAAUGGCCUGCUGGUAUGUACUAUAAAAAUGAAAGAAAUGGCCUGCUGGUCUGUACUGUAAAAGUGAAAGAAAUGGCCUGCUGGUCUGUACUAUAAAAGUGAAUGAAAUGGCCUGCUGGUAUGUACUAUAAAAAUGAAAGAAAUGACCUGCUGGUGUGUACUAUAAAAGUGAAAGAAAUGACCUGCUGGUCUGUACUAUAAAAGUGAAAGAAAUGACCUGCUGGUCUGUACUAUAAAAGUGAAAGAAAUGGCCUGCUGGUAUGUACUAUAAAAGUGAAUGAAAUGGCCUGCUGGUCUGUACUAUAAAAAUGAAAGAAAUGGCCUGCUGUUCUAAAUUAUAUUGAUAAGUUGCCUUCAGUAGUAUGUUGUAGUUGAAUAAGUGUUGUUAAACAAAACAUACUUUAGUUGAAUAAGUUAAAUUGAAAAAUUUACCUAUUGUGCAUUAUACAAUGUUAUGCUUCUUCCAUCAGCAACGAUACUGUGUAACUAACCUUUGUUAAGUUGUAUCAUCUGGACAUUAUGAAUAUGAUAUCAUUGCCUACACACACAUACAUAGUUAUACAAUGAUAUAUUAUAAACUUUAGGGGCUGCAUUUCAUUAGGUGUAUCCUUACCUUAUAUGGUAUUCUUUUUUUUCAUUCUUUUAAAACAUUUUUAUAUAUUAUAUAUUUAUAAUACAGGAGGGGAGGGGGAGGGGUAAUAAUUGGGUAUUUCUAUAUUACUUUAAAAAGCAUUUAUGAUUAUAUACUUCAACUGUACAUGUAUAUGAAACAAUAAAAUGAAUACAAGUAA